AUGGCUCGAAUGAAAAUCACGAUGACUUUGGUGUCGAGAAGAGGGUUUGUUUGUAAGCUAUUUAAGCUCCUUGCAAAGGAAGAUGUCACCAACCAAAAGUUGUCCAAACAUGACCAUAAAAGUUCAAGAGUUGCAUGGCAUAAAAUUGCUAACCAUGCCCCUUAUGGCUAG